AAUAGGUUGGAGUUUUUUUUCCUUGAGCUUCUUUUCUUUGGUAAUGAGUUUCAUAUGACUGAACUUUUUUCAAAAUGAUUGAAUUUUAUCAAUAAUAGUUACAAGAUUUUCAACUAUGCAAAUGUGUCUUAUUCACUCAUUGAUCUUUGUAAUACACGAAAAUUAUACAAUGGCCUGCCUAUUCACGUUCUGCUACAUUCUUAUUCGCUAUUUUUGCUAAGCAUAUGUUGACAGAGGAAAUGACAACAAUCUUAAUCCAUUAAGGAGCUACCAAUUGGAUUUAAUGCGCUCUCUUUUCAUAAAUUGUUGUACACAUUACGAUAAAUUGGAUCAACGUUCAACUUUAGUUGAAUUUGAGUAACUCAAUACACAAACGAAAAUCAAUUGCAAAUUUAACAUCCUUUGAAGCAUUCACAGUACUCAUAAUACGUUGUGGUUUCUCCUGACAAAAGUGAUCCAUAUUAUGUUGAAUAAUAUCAUCCAACAAUAAGAAUUUCCCAAUAUGUAAUCAUUUUGCUUCAAUAGAAUUGAAUUCUUGAACGGAAAUCAAUAGUGAGUUUUUCAUUUUUGUAUGAUUCACGUCACUGCAAUUUUUACUAUUGAACCGCUAUAAAUGUUGAACGUUGAAGAUCCAAAACGCAGAACAUUUGAAGACGAUUACGGUAUCUGAAAAGUGUUUCAAAUGAAACGCAUGGAUUCGGCUGUAUAGUGGGCUAUUGGGCCAGAAAUGAAUAGAAACGUGGCAUGCAUACUAGUCUACAUGACAAUAAUUGAAUUGUGCUGUUCUAUGUUGGUGACUCCUGACAUUGUCCAGCAAGAGCGACUGGUGGCCAGUAUCGUUCAGAUAACUCAUUAUUACAUACAUCAACUGCAUCAUCACGUACCUGUUAUCGUUUCCAUCGAAAAUGAGCACACAGCAGAUUUGGUUGACCUACUUCUAUCAUCGCUACAAGAUGCAUGGCUGAUUCAAACCGAGUUUCAUGUGCAGCGAGGCAUUUAUGUGUUCUUCUCCUCUAGCACGACUAGAUUCGAAACUUUCAAGGAAAUAUCAAUCAAAUCUCUAUACAUAUUUGUGUUUGAUACUCACACAAGUGUUAUUGAAUUGAACAACACUUUGGCCAACAUGAUGAGAACAUUAUGGAAUUUACGCAUGUAUAGAUCGGUAGUGCUAGUGCUUCAAAAAAACAGAAUAGAUGUCUAUUCUAUGAUGCCAUUCGGUGAAAAUAAUUGCAAUGUUGUGAAUGAAGCAGCAUUGAUCAAUACGUGGAAUUUUAGUAGCAGAAUGUUUGAUAGAGGCAUACAUGAAUUUAGUUUGAAACGAAUGGUCAAGAAUAUGCAUGGUUGUCCGUUGAAUGCAGUUGCGGAGAUAAGGCCUCCAGAAUCCAUGAUGUUCGCUGAUGGCAAUAAUUUGGUGUUUCGAGGACCUGGGGCGCAAAUAGUGGACUUAAUGAAAAGUAAGUUCAAUUUCACGUUGAAUGUGACAUUGGUCGGCGAAUUGAGCCAGCUGGACAGGUUUGGCUACGUCAUCCUUCCAGACAAAUACAACCGCAUCAAGGAGUUGCUUGAAUCUGGUGAGGUGUAUUUCGGGUUUGGUGUAUUCUCUCAUGGCAUCUACAGCUCUCCAACACUACACUUGGUCAAUGCUGGCUAUUCAGAGUGUUUUACAUGGGCAGCUGCGUGUGGAAUAAGAUCUGUGCCUUCUUUGUGGCACAAUUAUUUGAACGAAUUCUCUGCUUUCACUUGGGUUAUGAUUGCUGUUGUUUUUACUAUCGUUUUCCUGCUAAAAGCAAUUUCUUUGUCGGUUAUGAAACCGAAACUUGAUCUACCUGCACAUUUGAGAGUUUUGUUUGGAAUGUACAAGAAUUGUAUUGGACAGGCAGAAGCAAGCAGAAGGCCACGAAAUCGAUUUUUCGAAAUGAUUUGGAUUCAGUAUUGCUUUAUAAUUUUAUCGCUCUACGUUAGCUCCUUAGGUAGUUUUAUGACGUUACCUUUGACUGGUAAAAACGUGGAAACUCUCGAACACAUAUUGCAACUGAAUAUGAAUGUGAUUGGUACAGAUGCUACAUUCAAAAUUUUCAAUGCUACAGCUCAUGAAGACACUUUCCAUGCCAACAUUGCUAAACGAUUCAAACUAAUCAGAAAUGAAUCUUUUGAUGAAAUUAUCAGAAUUCUGGUAGACGAAGGUAAUUCGAUUGCUUUUGCAUCCAAAAGGAUUCAGCUGCAUUACUCUCAAUUCAGAGGUGACAAAGUGAAAAGUAAAACACCAAUUUGCACUUUUGAUGAAUGUACUGUCAAACACAAUUCUUCUCCAUUAAUAUUGAAAAGGGGAGCCAUUUUCGAAUUCCAAUUCCAUAUAUUAACUCAGAGAGCUAUGGAAAGUGGAAUACUGUCGAGAGUGUGGAAAAUUCAUGAGCCAAAACCCAUGAUUAAACUUAUUAAUGACAAUGAAAAGGUAUUUGAAAUAGAAAAACUCUAUGGUGCACUUGUUGCAUACGUUUCUGGUAUAUCUCUAUCAAUUUUAACUUUUUGUUGUGAAUUCAUAGUAAAAUAUUUGUUGUCACCUAUUUGGAGAAAAAGGAGACUUAUCAAAUUGACCAAACGUCUACGGAGAAAUUUGCAGCACGAUAAUCGUUCAUAAUUAUUCCAAAAAUCUCUUCUUCUGUCUGUAACAUUUUGUUGA